AUGAUGUCCAUACCAUUUAUGGAUCAAUCAGUAACAUCUAUAACAUCAUCAUCAACAACAUUUUUUGAUCCUAUAACACGAUAUCAAACAAAUUCUUCUAAUUCUACAAAUUCAUUACCAGUAUGGAAAUCAUAUUUAUAUAAUUUACAAAUGCAAGCACCAAAACCAAGUCCAAUUAUAUGUCGAAUAUUACAAUUACGUCGUCCAAGACAAUAUGGUUUAGAAUUUCAUGGUCUUCUAUCACGUACAGAUGCUGAUCAAUUAAUGUCAAUAUCUAUUGAUGGUUCAUAUCUUGUUCGUGAAUCAUUAAAUCCACCUGAUUCAUAUACAUUAGCUAUUAAAUUUAAUGGUGAAGUUAAAAAUUAUAAAUUAUAUUUUGAUUCUCAAACAUCAACACAUUAUGUUGGAGAAAAACAUUUUGAUACAUUAAAUGAUCUUGUACAUGAUGGUUUAAUAUCAUUUUAUUUAGAAUCAAAAGCAAGUGAUUAUAUUGCUUUAAUGGCAUGUGAUUCACAAUGUUAUACUAAUGAAAGUCCAUAUGGACAAUAUAAAGCACAAUUAUUACAUCGAGCACAAACACAAAAUAAUACAUUUAAUCAAGAAACAUCAUCAUUGACAAAUAAUGAAAUAAAUCAUUCUCAAACAACAAAUAUAGAUCAAAUAGCAUCUAAUUAUCGUUCAUCUUCAACAAGUAAUUCAUCUAUAAUACAACAGCAUUCAUCAUCAAGAAUAUCUCCAACAAAAAAUAAUAAUAAUAAUUCAAAUCGAAAAUUACCAUCAACAAAUCCAUUAUUUUUUGAUCGUAUACUUUUAAUGCAAGCUGAAAAAGCACAUAAUUUUAAAAUACAUUCAUUUAAAGGACCACAUUGGUGUGAUUAUUGUGCAAAUUUUCUUUGGGGCCUUGUACAACAAGGUGUUAAAUGUGCUGAUUGUGGUUUUGAAGCACAUAAACGUUGUUCAGAAAAAGUACCACAAGAUUGUGUACCACAUAUGAAAUAUUUAAAAUCAAUUUUUGGUGUUGAUUUGACAACGCUAAUUAAAGCUACAACACCAGCUUCAUCAGUAACUUCAUUAACACCAGUUGUACUUGAAAAAUGUAUUAAUGAAAUUGAAUCACGUCCACAUGCACUUGAUACUGAAGGUCUUUAUCGAAUUGCAGGAUUUUCUGAUACUAUCGAAGAAAUUAAAUUAGCAUUUGAACGUGAUUGUGCUCAUGUUGAUCUAUCUCAAGAACGUUAUCCUGAUAUUCAUGCAAUAGCUUGUGUAUUAAAAUUAUAUUUAAGACAAUUACCUAUUCCACUUGUUACUUUUGAUAUUCAAACACAAUUACUUGAACUUCGUCCAUCAACAAUAUGUGUAACAACAAUUCGUACAAUAAUUCGUCGUUUACCACCAGCACAUUUUUAUACAUUAAAAUAUUUAUGUGAACAUCUAUUAAAAGUUUCUCAGCAUUCAAUCCGUAAUCAAAUGAUAAUAGAAAAUUUAGCUAUUGUUUUUGCUCCAACAAUAAUGCGUUCAGAAAAUCCUGAUCCAAUGGUUGGAUUAAAAAAUUCCAAAUCAAUUCAACGCUUACUUGAAAUACUUAUUGAACAAGUACAUGAUAUAUUUUCUCCAUAG